AUUAGUGGGUGUGCGGGAGGUUUGGUGGUUUCUUAUCACCCCAUCGAUAAAAACCGAAAUUUUUUUCUGUAGAAUUUCGAACUUUUCCAAUUCACUGCAAUCAAUUUACAGCCGACGUUGUGAUAUUUCAUCCUGCGUCUACAAAUUUCACUUGAUUGGCGAAGUCUAUCUUUCUUUCCUCUACGAAAACCAUCCGAUCAAAAUGCAGUCCAUUCGUCGCGCAGCUGUGCGGGCAGCACGCUCUUCCACCAUUGUCGCUGCCGCUGUCCCUAGACAGCAGAUUGCCUCUUUCGCCAUGCAUGUGAGCAAGGCCAACGCAAGACCUGCUGUGAUGCUGCCUCUUGCUCGCUGCUUCUCGCAGACGUCGCGAGUUGCGCAGGAUGAGAACUCUUUUGAGAAUGGCGUUGAGCAGACUGGAUCUGGCGAAUCUGCCCAAUUCCCGGAUGAGCUUGACAGAAACCAAACCGUUUUCAUCAGCAACAUGACCUUUGAUGCCACCGACAUCCACAUCCAAGAAGCGUUCGGCAAGUAUGGAGAGAUCACCGAACUCAGGAUUGCACGGGAUGGUCGAGGUUUGAGCAGAGGCUUUGCUUUCGUUACGUUCAAGGACCAGGAGGCUGCCGACCGCGCGGUUGAGGAAGCCAACAACUCGUUCUGGCACGGCCGCCGCAUCUUCGUGAAUUACAAAAAGGCGAGCACCCCAGGGUCGGGGUCGGGGCGCAAAUCGGCCCCGAUGAACCCGACUGAUUCGUUAUAUAUCGGCAACAUCCCGUACGAGACGUCCGAUGCGGAUCUUAACAAGAUCUUCCGGGAAUUGGACAACGUAACGGAUGUGCGCGUGGCGGUAGACCGCAACACGGGCUGGCCUCGCGGCUUCGCCCACGCCGACUUCACGGACGUUGAGAGCGCCAAGAAGGCGUAUGAGAAGCUACAGAGCUUCACUAUCGGAGACCGCACUCUCCGUGUCGACUACGCCGAGAACAGAAAAAACAACAAGGUAUAAGGCGUGAUGAGACAGUGCUGACAUUUCUUGCGACGAACCCGGAGCUGUUUUCUCAUGGCUCACGAAAGGAUAUCGGUGGAAUGCUGGGGUUUGCGACGUGACGGAGAAGGCAUCAUGGCGAGCGGGUCAACCGGCAUGGUAUCUACGAAGUCCUUGGCGGGAAUCCAUUCGAAAGAGAUGGAGGACCAGGCCAUUGUAUGUAACAACACCUUCUACAUGUAGAACAUCCGUUUCUACCUAAUAGGGGCUCGCGGUUGGCACAAAAUGAGUGGCAUGGUUUCGACGAAAUUAAAUGUACAAAAUCUCCCUUCUUCACACGACAUGAAAUAUGAUCUUAGUCUUGCCCAUCUCCCAAAGUGCUUCUACUUGGGUAGGAGACUAUUUAUCACUACUAUGUACCUACCUAUUUAAUAGGUAGGUACAUAUCUAGAAGCGACCCCUUAUGUGUAAGAUGCUAUUUAGUGAAUUGGUCGUAUUUAUGUAUGUACUAGCUCGACAUUAGGCGGCAUGGACAUCCAUUAAAUGUUAGGGCUAAGGGCUCUUCUACCCAAGAUACUCG